UUUGACCUGGAAGUAUAACUAGCACAGUUUAGUCGGUGGAAAAGAGAUAUUGUCUCCUAUAGUUUUUACUCCGCUCGAAUUAAUGUAAUGCAAAGUGAAGUUUGAGAUUGAGACGAUGUCCAACCGUGACCGCUCGAGUCGAGAACCAGCCGGGCUGGAUGGUCUGCCUCCGAUGUACAGCAUCGCCAAGGGAGAGGUGGUUUCAGUGCAAACAUAUGGAGCUUUUGUUCGACUGCCUGGUUACAGGAAGGAAGGUUUGGUACAUGUGAGCGAGAUGUCUGCCUCUAGGGUUGAAAGUGCCUCAGAGAUUGUGGAUGUUGGGGAACAGGUGUGGAUUAAAGUCAUCGGACGGGAGAUUCAGGGUGAGAAGGUGAAGUUGUCCUUCUCAAUGAAAGCUGUCAAUCAAGGGACAGGGAGGGACCUGGACCCCAACAAUGUUCAAGCGGAGCAGGAUGCAAGGCGGCGAAGGCAGUUUAGAGAUCAGGGCAGCAACAGGAUCACACUGGAGGCCGUACUCAACACCACAUGUUCAAAAUGUGGCUGCAAAGGCCACUUUACUAAGGACUGUUUCUCGGCUCCGGGGUUGCAGUACGCCCUCGUUCCUGAAGAGGACGACGAAGAGCCGCUGAGGCAGCAGACCUCGGCAGCAGCACCUCAGCAAGAUUCAGAGAAAAAGAAAAAGAAGAAGAAGGAAAAGAAAAUGAAGAAGAAGAAGACAAAGAGAGAGAGGAAAGAGUCGGAGAGCGACGGCGGCAGCAGCAGCGGCGGGGACGGUAAAGCUAAGAGGAGACGCCACAGCAGUAGUCUGGAAAAACAGGACAAAAAGAAGAAGAAACACAAAAAGGAGAAAUUACACAAACACAGCUGAGACGCACACACACACACACACACACACACACACACACACAGGGAAAUGGACUGAGUGACUUCCAGUUUUAUUUCCAUUAUUCUAAACUGUCUAAAUGUCGGUCAUUCUAAUAGAAGCUGCUGUACACCUGUGACCUGUAGUAACCUCUGACUCUACACAUCUUCUGUAAUGAAAUACAUGUAAGCUACACCCCCCCCCCCCCUCCUGAAACAGAGGGUGUAGUUUACAGCGAUCUGGUUUCUGCUUCGCGGGAGAAAACGUGACAAAGGAGGCAGCCACAAACAGGAAGUGUAAAGCGGCACGACGGGAUGAUCGUGACAGCCUGAGGGUUGUGCACCGUUGACAGUAGGUCGGUGUGUUUUCUUCAGUAAAGGUAACAAAACGCCUCCCGACUCCUUUCUUCAAACACCUUAAAGCUAGGGUGUUGCUUUAAUGUACUUAAAGGGCCAGAGCAACAGCCCAGGGUUGGGUUGGUUUUCACAAACUCUGAACCUCUGCGGCAGAUUAGGAUGAGGUCGUGUCGGAGGAUUUGCUGUGGAGGCUCGGGCCUCCAGAGAUCGACAGAUUAGUUCCAGAUGCAGCAAUCUGAAACUGUUCCAGCUUGACUCCCAGGAAUCUUCCUCUCCGCCCCGGCUGCUCCCGUUUGCACCACUUGGAUCCAGCUGCAGGACGCCGAGGAGGCCGCUCAACCAGAAUUUCAACAUUUUGUGUGUUUGUGCAUCAUUCAAACAGCAGAAGGGCUAUUUCAGUCGAAUUUGAAAUCAGUACAUGUCGGAUAUCAGCUUCCAGUUAGAAUUUCCUAAUAGAUCUUGGUAAAUUAAAAGAUUUUAGGGAAAAUUAAGUUCUUGUUGGAAAAAAAGGGAAAUUGUCCAUGUUUUGUCAUAAGCUCUAAGAACCAGGAUCAUGUUAAAGGUAAAAACAUAAUUGUAUGGUUUAUUUUGUGAUGUUUUUGUUUUUUUCCCCACGACUCAGACAUUGAGCUAAAAUUAAUUUUGUUUUAAAUUUGCUAGAAAUUAGAAAGCUCUUAAAUUAUAGACAUUUAAACUGUUUCCUUCAACAAAACGCUGUUUCUGCUGGUGUGCGCUUUGGUAAUCAUCUCAUGAACCACUGGAAUUUUUUUUUAAUAAAACCUUCAAACAGAAA